AUGAAGAUUAGAAAAACUUUGACUCUUUUUGUUGCACUAUCUUCCAUUUUUUACUUAUUUUAUUUGGUCAACUCGGUUGUAGAGCAAAUUCAACAGUUGGCUAAUUUCCUUGAAAGCGAAAAAAAAAUCGACGCUUCAUUUGCUAUCAAGUUUUAUCAUUUUGCGUAUGUAGAUUACAGGUAUGACUCUCCACGUCUUCGAAUUUUCGCUCUCAAUCCCUGCAUCUCCAAGAAAAAUUUCUUAUCGGUUGAUAUAUUUUACAAAGGAGUAGAAUCUCCUACAAAACUGAAAGUAUUCGGAAAGUCCCUAGAAGAAUCGUGUCCAUCUUCCUAUGAACCUGCUAAGCCAUGCUUUUAUGUGGCUUAUACAUUUUUCGCAAAUCUCAACUUGAAUGGUAGAUUGGAGAAGGUAACAAUCAACUUGGGCGGCAGAAAAGUAAAUUUAACUGUCGAGGAAGUUCAUAAAAAAGUUGAAAAAGGACUAACAAUGUGCGUACUACCUGUUUAUUAUUACUCUCAAUGGCAGAAUAUUGUGCUGUAUAUAGAAGCUUGGAGGGCUCACGGAACAUCUAGGUUUAUUGUUUUCUUCCAUUCAGCUACAAAGGAUACAUGGAAAGUUUUGGAGUAUUAUAGAAACUUGGGAAUUAUCGAAAUCCGACCUUGGCCUAAUUUCGGAAAUCUCCCAUCGGAAAUUGCCGAUAAAUAUCCAAAAAUUGACAACAGUGUGUACAUUUUCUCUUAUUUUUUGGCUUUGAACCUGUGUAUUCUUGACAUUAAAACUACUAUCGGAUCAGUUGCGGAUUUUGAUGAAGUUAUGGUACCUCACAAUGGUACAAUGUUGGAAUAUGCAUCAAAGGAAAUGACUGGAACAAAUGUUGGAGCAUUAUUAUUUAAGAAUUCCUACGUUUCACUGGAACCCAGCAUUUAUGACAAUGGAUUUUCUGGAGUCUUGAAGCCAGUGUUCCUAGAUGGUAUGGGCCCUCCGAAGUACGUUUUCAAUGCCUCUGUAAUUGACAUUGGUCAAGUUCAUUGGGUUCGAAGUUUCAUGGAUUCUACAAAACAUACUAAAGUUUCCGAUGGUACACUGUUGCAUCAUCGUUUUGAUGCAAAAUGGAAAAGAGGAGAGGAAGUGGAAAAACUGUUCACAUACUUCCCUAAUAACACUUUAGAGCACGUUGCGAGUAUGCAAAAGACUGCUAUGACAAUAUUCAAUGGAUCGCUUCCCUUUUUUUCACUUGAUUUAAUCAAUGGUGUAAACAAUUGCGUUCUGCAAAUGGAAAAACCAAAUACUUGUGUAAGUACUGGUGGAAUGUGUAGAGAUCAUAUGGAUAAAAUGGCCGAAUGGGUUUAUGAUAAAACUGAAAACGUUUUUGUAUAA